AUGCUCCCCUCCCUCCCCCUCUUCCUCCUCCUCCUCCUCCCCUCCCUCCUCACCACCGCCCAAAAACUCCCCCUAGACUCCACCUCACACAACCACAUCCAAAUCACCCUUCGACCCUACAAAUCCAACUCCUGCACCAACCCCUCCCGGCGAGGCAGCGGAAAAGGCCACAGCAUAACGCUCAAAGCCAACCACCGCGCGGACAUUUCCUCUUCUUCGGGCAUCAAAAUUGGCGAAAUCACACAUAGUAAAUGUGUGGGAUUUCCGAGAGGAGGGUUUAAUAGUUUUGUGUUUGAUGGGGAGGGGUUGUAUGGGAUUGCGGAUGGGAAUGGUGAGGGGGAGGGGAAUGGGGAGGGAGGGGUGGUGAAGGUGAAGGAAAAAAUGGGGAGGUGUAGAGUGGAUGUUUUUCCGAAUAGAUUGUGUUUGGGGGAUGUUAUGGGGGGGUUGGGGGAGGAAAAUUUAUCCGAAAAUGACCGUCAUCCAUGCAUCAAGGACUUCGUGAUGAAUCUGAAAACGGGAAAACGGGGUGUGGGAAGAGGGUUGCAAUUGGGGUGA